AUGCCUACAAAUGAUUUGCCCAUAACAAUCACCCAGAAGCUCAUGCGGCUUCACAAUACAAAUCAUCACGUAUCAAUAAUCAACACAUCCACUACCGUAUCUAAAGCGCAUGAUCAAGAGAGAGGAUUGUUGGGGAACGUAGGGCUUGCUCUCAACUUUGGGUUGCGGUUGGCUUCUAAUGUGUUGAGGAUAUUGCCGAUUGCCAAGCAGUUUUUGGGACCACCUACAGAAUCAGAAGCCAUUAUUGACGCGUUGAUUGCUCAACAGAAGAUUGCUACCUCGUACGAAGAGUGGAAAGAGAUUUCGUUAAAGUUGGACGAGUUGUUGGGAAAUGAAGAAUGGAAACAAAACCCAGUGUCAGAUCUUUAUGAUUAUGAAUUGAUAAGUCUAAGGCUUAAUCAAAUCAGACAUACCAGGGCAACAAAAGACUACAAGAAACUACUAUAUCUAAUACGAACAACUUGGAAUAGAAAUAUUGGCAACAUUGGGAAUGUCAAUAAUUAUAGACAUAGUUAUGUGGGAACCAAAAAGUUGAUCGAAGAAUAUCUACACGAAUGUGAAGUCUCACUUAAAUGCCUCUUGGAAGAUAACACUGGUCUUGAUAACCGAUAUAUUUUGGGAAUGUUAAUCCAAACCAGAAAAGCCAUUGGCAGAACCGCUCUUGUUUUAAGUGGCGGCGGAUGUUAUGGAUUAAUUCAUAUUGGUGUGAUUGCGACGUUGUUAGAACAAGAUUUAUUACCCAAGAUUAUUUCAGGAAGCUCUGCUGGGGCCAUUGUGGCGAGUAUUCUCCUGGUUCAUAACUCUCUGGAAAUCAGCAGCUUAUUAGCGGAUGUACUACGGCAGGAGUUUAUUAUUUUCACUGAACCCCAGAAGCCUGGAGAAGAAAACUCAAAACUAUCACUUUUUGCUAAUCCAUUAAGGUUUCUCAGGACUGGAAAUUGGUUUAACAAUGCUUACUUGAUCGAAACAAUGAAAAACUUUUUGGGUGAUUUGACUUUUCGUGAAGCUUAUAAUAGGACUGGAAGGAUUCUUAAUGUGACAGUAUCUCCCGCAAGCUUCCAUGAACAGCCAAGCCUCUUGAAUUAUAUAACUUCUCCAAAUGUCUUGAUUUGGUCGGCCGUUUGUGCUUCUUGUGCCCUACCAGGGGUGUUUCCUUCCACAAUUAUUUAUGAAAAGGACCCAGUCUAUGGAACUAUUAGAGAGUGGAAUCAUAUAUCGGUCCGUUUUGUUGAUGGGUCAGUGGAUAAUGACUUGCCUAUCACUCGACUAUCGGAAAUGUUCAAUGUUGAUCAUAUUAUCGCCUGCCAAGUGAACCCCCACGUUACUCCAUUCUUGAAACUUUCAUUGGCGUGCACUGGAGGAGAGAUUGAGCUUGAAUUGAGUGCUAAGAUCAAAAGCUACUUCAAUAGUGUUUAUAAUUAUUUCACGUCAGAGUUUAUUCAUUAUCUUGAAAUUAGUCAGGAAGUCGGUGUUGCUAGAAAUUUGUCGAAGAAGUUGACAUCAGUUUUAACCCAAAGAUACUCUGGCGAUAUUACAAUCCUACCCGAUUUAAGAAUCACCGAGUUGAACAAAUUAUUGAGUAAUCCUACUCCAGAAUAUAUAUUGGAUGCCGCAGUCAGAGGGGCUCGCUCCACUUGGCAAAAGAUUGGAAUCAUUAACAACCAUUGUGGUGUGGAAUUUAUUCUUGAUAGAGCGAUCUUGGAGCUUAGAUCAAAAUUAAUAUCUAACAGUGAUGGAAAAUCAGGAGUUCCAUUAGCAUUCGUUAAUUCACCAAUAAAUUCUGAUAAUUACUCGGAGGAAGAGUUUAAUAUGAAAGACAAUUCACCUUUGAUAAGUGAUAGAUUGAGCCCUGCUGCUAGAAUCAAUUAUAAACUUAGGAGAAGACAAAGAUCAGAAAGUUACUCUAACGUGUUUGGUGAGUUAGGUUAUGGCUCUCGUGAAAAAAUAAAAUCGUUACAAUCGCAUAAUCUUAGACGUCAAAGCUCAAUAUCGGCUUUGAGACGUCGAGAUUCUAGUGAAAGUUUUUCUGGGUCCAGCAACGUUGACAAUGAUAAUCAAAGUACUGCAUUUUUGAAAUAUUAUGCUGAUGAUACAUCAGUUGCUAGUGACAUUAACAAGCAAGCUGAUAAUGCCAAGAAAAAUCCAAGUUUCGGUCCAAUAGACUGGGACUUGAGUAAUCCUAGCUCUCCUUUAGCUAAAUCAACCAAGAAUAUAUUUGAGAGUUCCUUCAAGUCAGUUAGGCCUCAAAUAAACAGAAAAGUUUAUAUUUGA